CAAAGUCAUUGCUGUAACACUGUGUGAAGAGACCAGAAGAGGGGAAAUACAAUCUGAGAACUAAACUGCCAAAGCCUAACACCACCUAGCAACAGUUGAAAAAACUUUUAAACAAAAGUCUGGGUGAGACACAGACAGAGUAUACCUCCUACUUCUCCUGCCUGGGAUUUCUGCGAGAAGCAGCUCCGGUCUUCUGCUCUUUACCUUGUUUCCUUCAUUACUUCAACUGCUGGUAGACCCAGAAAAGUGGGGAAAGUUUCUGUCUUUGUGUUCUCCUGAGCUGGAUCAUUCUACUCCUGUGGUAGUGCUGUGGGACAGGCUACUGUGAUCUUGCAGUGUAAAGGAUAUAUUCCUAGGUCCGUGUUGCUGACAGGGAGCAGCAGGGACCCCAGGCAGCCUCGGGUGGGAGCAGCAGAGCGAUGGCACAGGGACACCUCCACCCUCGACUCCCUCCUCCCCAGUCUGGACCUAGAUUCUAGUGAAGCCCCUGCCCUGGGAGCACCCCUCGACACAGGCAGGGAUGAGGUCCCGAAACCAAGGUGGAGAAAGCUCGUCUAAUGGGCACUUCUCCAGUUCCAAGCCUGUCAUCAGCCACGCAGAGAAUGAAAAACUUCAGGAGGAUGCCAAGAAAAAGAACAAACCUCAUCGGAAGGAAGAUGAGGUCAUGGUUUCAGCAACUGUCAAACGGCACUCAAAAUCACCCGGUCCUAGUGAGCGAAAGAACAAGAAGUCCAUAGAGCUUUCUAAAGAAGACUUGAUAAAACUACUCAGUAUAAUGGAAGGAGAAUUGCAGGCAAGAGAGGAUGUGAUCCACAUGCUGAAGACAGAGAAAACCAAACCUGAAGUUUUAGAAGCUCAUUAUGGGUCUGCAACUCCAGAAAACGUGCUUCGAGUGCUACACAGGGAUGCCAUCCUUGCCCAAGAGAAGUCUGUAGGGGAAGACGUCUACGAGAAACCGAUUUCAGAGCUGGACAGACUUGAAGAAAAGCAGAAGGAGACGUACCGGCGCAUGCUGGAACAGCUCCUGUUGGCAGAGAAGUGCCAUCGCCGCACCGUUUACGAGCUAGAGAAUGAGAAACAAAAACAUACAGACUACAUGAACAAGAGCGAUGACUUUACCAACCUCUUGGAACAGGAGCGGGAGAGGUUGAAGAAACUUCUUGAGCAGGAGAAGAUCUAUCAAGCCCGGAAGGAGAAGGAGCAUACAAAGAGAAUCAAUAAACUAAGAGAAGAACUAGUCAAGCUCAAAUCAUUUGCACUCAUGCUGGUGGAUGAAAGACAAAUGCAUAUUGAACAACUUGGUCAGCAAAGCCAGAAAAUACAGGACUUAACCCAAAAACUAAAGGAAGAAGAAGAAAAGCUUAAAAUUAUUAGUGCAAAAACAAAAGAAGAUGGACAAAAACUGAUGAAAUUAGAGGCAGAACUUGAACACAAAACGUCAUCAUUUUGUCAAGAACAUGAGGAGAUGACUGCUAAACUGGCUAAUCAAGAGUCACAGAAUAGACAACUAAGGCUCAAGCUAGUGGGGUUGACUCGCAGAAUAGAGGAGCUAGAAGAAACUAACAAAAAUCUUCAAAAAACUGAGGAGGAACUUCAAGAAUUAAGAGAUAAAAUAGCCAAAGGGGAAUGUGGGAACUCUAGCUUAAUGGCAGAAGUGGAAAACCUCCGCAAGCGCGUGCUUGAAAUGGAGGGGAAAGAUGAAGAGAUCACAAAAACUGAAUCCCAGUGCAAAGAGCUGAAAAAUAAACUGCAAGAGGAAGAGCAUCAUAGCAAAGAGUUGAAACUUGAAGUGGAAAAACUGCAGAAAAGAAUGUCAGAAUUAGAGAAGCUGGAAGAGGCUUUCAGUAAAAGCAAGUCGGAAUGUACUCAGCUACACUUAAACUUGGAGAAAGAAAAAAAUUUGACUAAGGAUUUGAUAAAUGAGUUGGAAGUGGUGAAGACUCGAGUGAAGGACCUUGAGACAUCUGAAAGCAAGUUGGAAAAGGCUGAAAUAAGCUUAAAAGAUGACCUUACGAAGCUGAAGUCGUUUACUGUAAUGUUGGUUGAUGAGCGAAAAAAUAUGAUGGAAAAAAUAAAACAGGAGGAAAAAAAGGUUGAGGGCCUAAACAAGAAUUUUAAAGUUGAACAAGGGAAAGUUAUGGAUGUAACAGAGAAAUUAAUAGAAGAAAGUAAGAAAUUUUUGAAACUGAAAUCUGAAAUGGAGGAAAAAGUAUCUAGUUUGACAAAGGAAAGGGAUGAGUUAAUUGGCAAACUGAGAAGUGAAGAAGAAAAAUCAUCUGAAUUAAGCUGUAGAGUUGACCUGUUAAAGAAAAGAAUUGAUGGUAUGGAGGAAGUAGAAAGAGAAAUUACAAGAGGUCGAACUAGGAAAGGAGCAGAGCAUGGUUGUCAUGAGGACAACAAGAUUAAGGAACUCACCAUUGAAAUCGAAAGAUUGAAAAAACGUCUCAAACAACUGGAAGUGGUUGAAGGAGAUUUGAUGAAGACUGAAGAUGAGUAUGAUCAGCUAGAGCAGAAAUUUAGGACUGAGCAGGAUAAAGCUAAUUUUCUUUCUCAACAGUUGGAGGAGAUGAAACUUCAGAUUGCCAAAACGAAAGCAAUAGAAAAAGGUGAAGUGGUGAGCCAGGAGGCAGAGCUGAGGCACAGGUUUCGUCUGGAAGAGGCCAAAAGCAGAGAUUUGAAAGCAGAAGUUCAAGCACUUAAGGAAAAAAUCCAUGAGCUCAUGAACAAAGAAGACCAGCUUUCUCAGCUCCAAGUCGAUUAUUCAGUUCUACAGCAAAGGUUUGUGGAAGAGGAGAACAAAAACAAGAGCAUGGGGCAGGAAGUUUUGAACCUGACAAGAGAGCUGGAGCUUUCUAAGCGUUACAGCCGUGCUCUGAGGCCCAGCAUGAACGGGAGAAGAAUGGUUGAUGUUCCCGUGACGUCCACCGGCGUGCAGACAGAUGCUCUAAGCAAUGAAGCAGCAGAAGAAGAAACUCCAGCAGUGUUUAUAAGGAAAUCCUUCCAGGAGGAGAAUCAUAUAAUGAGCAAUCUGCGACAGGUAGGUCUGAAAAAACCCAUGGAGCGUUCUUCAGUUCUUGAGAGAUAUCCUCCGGCAGCAAAUGAACUUGCUAUGAGGAAAUCCUGGAUACCAUGGAUGAAAAAGAGGGAAACUGGGGCUCAGACAACUCCUGAUAAAGGAGCCCGAACUCACAGUAGUCCAGCACAUCCCGGGGAGGUUGUCCUUUCACCAAAGCAGGGUCAACCUCUUCAUAUUCGGGUGACACCAGACCAUGAGAACAGUACAGCAACUUUGGAGAUAACCAGUCCAUCUGCAGAGGAAUUUUUUUCAAGUACCACUGUCAUUCCUACUUUGGGAAAUCAGAAGCCACGAAUAACCAUCAUUCCCUCUCCAAAUGUCAUGCCACAAAAAGGAAAAGGCAGUGAAAGUCCCAUGGGCCCAGAUCGCUCCAUGUCUCCAGUCACUAUAACAACAUUCUCCAGGGAAAAGUCCCCAGAGGGAGGGAGAGUACCCUUCGCUGACAGACCUGCAUCACCAAUUCAGAUCAUGACUGUAUCGACAUCUGCAGCGCCGGCAGAAAUCUCCGUCUCUCCUCAGUCACAAGACAUGACCAUGGGCAGAGCUGUCUUCAAAGUCACGCCAGAAAAGCAAACCGUCCCGACUCCAAUCCGCAAGUACAAUGCCAACGCCAACAUUAUUACAACAGAAGACAACAAAAUCCACAUCCACUUGGGCUCCCAGUUCAAACGUUCCCCCAGUGCCGUGCCCGACGGCACGAGCCCUGUGAUAACAGUCCGACCGGUGAACAUCGCGGCAGAGAAGGAGGUGGUCACGGGUACUGUCCUUCGAUCACCUCGGAGCAACCUGUCCCCACGACCUGCAGCCAGCAAGGUGACAAGUACUAUCACCAUCACGCCUGUUACAACAUCUUCCACACGAGGAACACAGUCAGUGACAGGACAGGAUGGGUCAUCCCCGAGACCUACACCCACCCGCAUUCCUGUCUCAAAAGGUAUGAAAGCAGGAAAGCCAGUAGUGGCAGCCCCAGGAGCAGGAAAUGUGACAAAAUUCGAGCCUCGUGCUGAGACUCAGUCUAUGAAAAUAGAACUGAAGAAAUCUUCAGCCAGCAGCUCUGCCUCCCUGGGCGGGGGUCAGGGCUGAUGGCAGUGGCUCAGGGGGUAGGAGACAGUAUCUGAGGAGACUCAAACCCACAUCAGCUGCAGGCAGGUUCACUAGUGGCACUGACAGCUGAGGAAGAAGGUGGCAUUCUCAUUCCCUCCUGGAAAGGCUGUGCUGUUCUGCAUGGAAUGCUUCAGUAUUCACUGAGCAGAAACAAGGGAGUGGUGGAGGGGUCAGGAUAUUGAACAAGGAGGGAGCCUCCCCAGAUCUGUGUCCCUGUUCCAAAGGCUGCCUUUGAGCCUGGCCCUGUUGAAAAGGAGGCUUAUAAGAUGAAGUGUCUGUGUUCAUCCAUCCUUCCAUCUCUCCUUCCCUAAUGAAUAACACUGAACAACCAACCAAUUUCAUGCAAACCCGGCAGAGCAAUAGAGAUCUCCAGAAUAAGAAGUUUUUCCAGUUUAAUGAAAAGGACGGCAGAGAAGAGGAGCAGGACCUUAGCAGUGCCUCACUGUGUGGAAGAGUAGGGCAUGAGCUCACCUUCAUACAGCAUCAAAGAAUGAACACAAGAGUGAUGUCACAAAUGCCACAAGGACAAGCUUUGUUCAGACCUCAGAUUUUACUAGGCACCAAAGAAUCAAUCUCUGACACAUCCAAAGGAUAAUAUUAGGGCUUUUGUGUAUUCUACAUUACUGGAUUAUAAUGCGUAAUAAACUAAGCCGUCCUAAAUUAUCAUUUGGAAUCACUCAUCCUUAUGCUUUCUCUCUCUUAACUUUUCUGUCAUUUUGUUUGGGUUUUUUGUAAUGAAGCAGAACAAUUUCAGUAGCAAAAUAAUGCACUCAGAAUCAUGAUAGGAACUAAGAUGACUGAGUAAUCUUUGUACUUUUAGUCAUAUUCAGUGUCAGCUGGAGAGAAGCCCUGUGUUGCCUGAUGACGUGGCCAUGCAAGCAGUUGGGAUAACUCAGGCCUAGCAGUAGUAAUAUAUGGCUUAGCACCAGUAGAAAGGUGGAGAGGGGAGGGAAAGAGCAGGCAAAAUGCCAGCCCAUGAGCAGCACACAUGGAUUGAGAAGGUGCACCCUGAGUUCUCCAGAUGAUGUCUCUAAUUUUAAGUCUAGUUCCUAGCAAGUUUUCUACUGUGUUCCCUGAGUUACAUCCCAUCUUACUGCUACAUAGGGGUAUUGCUAAUGUAGUCAUUAGUAGAUCAAUACAUUUGAGUAAGUGUGACUGAAAAAGGAGCACAGAGCUUCAACUGUAGUGCCUAGAGACUUCUCUCAGAAUAGUAAACAUCCUAAGCAAAUGGUAGAAGAAAAACAGAGAUUUUGAUUUACUUUACUCACCUUUUUUCCUUUUGUGACACCCAUUAGUGUGAUUUUUCAAAAACCAAACUUUGUGACUCUUUGUAAUAUGCCCAUGGAGAACACGUCACUGUAUUUAAACCUCAAACCACUUAUAGCACAUAUUAAUUACCACAAUGGGAGUAAUCUCUGAAGCCACAUUAAUAUGUUGAUACAUGCCAACAGGAUACCAAGUCAUAUGCCACUGCUUGAGAUAUGCCAUAUAGAUUCUAAAAUAUGCUCAAUAUUUACAUGAAUAUUCAGUAAUUUUGAUCAAAUGAGGAACAGCAGGUCUUUAAAUAGAGUAAGCUGCUGUCCAGCUGGCUUUUAGGUACUUGGCAUAAGCUGCAACAGUCAGGACAAUUUUCAGACCAAUUAUAUGUUCCCAUCACACAUCAGUGGCCAAUUUCAUUGACUUGCUUUGUAACACAUAGUUUGCUGGCAGGAGUUUUUAUGAGCUCAUCUUUUGAACUUGCUUUCAUUUAGGGGAAUGGUUUUCUCCCCUGUGUCAGUGUGAGUUAUCCUCUUCUUAUUUUGCUUGAGCUCUUUUGGGCAAAAUUAUAUGCAAUAUUUCUCAUUAUAGAUAUUAACUUCACUUUGAAUCUUACUCCCUACACAUUGCUCUUACCAUGGCUUUUUUUCCUUAAAAUGUAACCAGGGUUAACUACUGUCAGGUGCAGAGCUAUCAGUUCUGAGGGUAUGAAACACUCAGGUGUGAAUGAUUCUUUAAACAAAAAAACCUCUCCUUGGGAUUUUAAAAACAGAAAUACUGAUGGAUGAUUCUCUUCUGUUGCUUGGGUGUGCAUUGUCUGUGGUACAUUUAUUUUUGUAUUAUCUGGUGAUACUUGUAUAUAUUGUAAGGAGAAAUUAAACUUUAUAUGUUAAAAUGUCA